GCACGAUGCUCUAGUGAUGCCCUCAAUUGAGCUUCUACCCCUAGAAAUGCCCUCGUCCCCUCUCAGUCCACCCCAGACGGAGAGGAACCCGCACUCUCCAACAUGGGGGCGACCAACAUCCAGGACGCAAAGGUCCUCAUCUCAUCCACCAGAGUCAUAGACAGAACCAAUGGUCUCAAGGAUCUCAUCCACAUCCUUAAGCACAACCGUGGCAAGCCUAGUCUCGAGAAUCUGGGAAACAAAGCCUACCUUGCGCUUUGCGAAACCCUGUUCCAGUGUAUGCGGGACGAGCGGUCGUCAUGGCUUCGUAGCAGAACCAAGUCCGCGAAAACCUCAGUCCUCCUGCCUCUCUCCGCGACUGCUCUCCGGCACAUCAUAAUUUCUGGCGUUCGCGCAAUCAAAAGCUCGACAGUCGAGUUAAUCGUUGAUCACAUAGUCGACGUGUUGCCGGGGAAGGGUGGGGCGCUUGUAAAACCGCUGCUCGAAGACCUUCCCAAGGCUCUACGGGCGCUUCUGGAAUACCAGCCUCACGUCGAACGUCUUUCGCGGGAGUGUUGGGAUGCUGCCGUGGACUUCUGCAUUGAAUCGCUCUCGAGCUUGUUCACAGAGCCCGACCUGGGACCUCCAAACAGCUGGACGAGCACCGGCCUCUCGUCUAGCCGUGGACGUACCCCCAGUGAGUCGGCUGACACAGCAUUGAAGCCCGGCGCAAGGACAAAGUCAAUCCCCGACGAUCUUGUACACACGGCGGAAGAUUUCGUGAAUUGUAUACAGUUUCUAACGAGAAGCUCAAACGCCCCGGUGCUGGAAAAGGCCGGUCAAAUAUUGUCAACCUUGGUUCAGUUUCUGGAACGAAAAAUUGGCCGUGGAUACUCAGCCGCAUUCGUUGCAAUCAACUCCAUCUUAGUGCGGACAACUCUUCACUCCACUGACCUAACCAAAAGCACCAUUCGAGACCUAUUGCCCAUAAUGAAGUCUAUGUGGGCUGAUCCCUUUCUUAGGGAUGAGAUCUUGAUCACUCUAAUGCGCACAGAAGCGCAUAUCUCGAGCAUGCUAGCUGAAACGCACGAGGAAACUACUAGUUCCGAGCUCGAGGCUCUCAUAGAAACAAUCUACGGAGAUUACCGGCGAAGACAAGAAAGCUCGGCCCUUCAAUAUCUCGAAGACCAUCAUCUCUGCUUUCGACAUAUAGGCAAAGCUUGCAAUGAUACUCAUCCGCUAAACACAUAUGCAUUCUCAAUGGGGCCGGGCAAUAGCCGCUGUGAAGGUCUUUGGACGACAGUGUCUGCUAUUGCUCACUUCUCCUUCAUACUCGACGAGAGGAAACGCAAAAUAUCUCAAGAACGAGAAGAUAGGGAAGAGAUACUGAUAAAGCGACUGCGAAUUACCCAUCAUUUUCAAGAGUACCUUCGCCACAUCUAUGAACCUAGAUCCAGUGCGAAAAGGGCUGCAUUACAAGUCGUUGCCUUCAUGGCCCAAGAAGGCCCGUUGGACACGGAGGACCUUAAACAGAUGUUGGAGAAGCUCACUGUUUACAUUGCAGACGAAAAUCCGGCUCAUUCAACAUGGGCAAUGAUAGGGCUAGCAGCGGCGGCCUUUCAAAAGUCUGCUAGUCAUGUUUCUCUAUCGCCACUUUGGAUAUCGGCGUGGCAAAGUGCAUCUCGAGUUAUCACAUCGAUCUCUUCGUCCAGAGCCGCAUGUCAUUUGCUGAAUGUUCUCCUUCGGUUGGAAAUCGUUCCCUAUUCGGCGAUAUCUGACAUUGCUCAAAGCAUGUUACUAUCCAUCGAGCUCAGUGGGCCGGCGUUACUCACAGAAACUAGUUCCUCUUUGUUGGCGACCAUUAUACAAGAAAGAACCACCGAAAACCCAACACUCUUUAACCAGACGGCGGAACGCAUCUUGAACUGGCUAUUCACCAAGUGGACGCCAAGCAUGUUUCCGGAGAGAACAUAUGCUUUGUUAAAUGCUCAUCAUUGUGAUGCUAGAGAUAUAUUACGUUUACUCCAUUCCUGUCUCGAUCGGCCUUUUACUCCUAUUGAUGCUUCACCCUUCAUGGUGCUAGGCCCAAUCGCGCAGGCUCAGAUUCAGACUUCCCAAUACAAGAAGCUUACCCACUACCUGCUUCUACUGGAUGAUCAAGAGAAUUUUCAAGUAUCAGUGGAUCUGAAACGCGUCCUCAUAGAUUCCACACCUUCGGAGCACCAUCCUAUGCAGCUGGAGACCAAAUUACUCGAAUUCUGCAUUUCCGAGCUAGAGAAGACCCGGCAACGUUGGAGAGCAUGGUCUAAGGAGAGUCCGCAAGGUAUAACCUCGGACAUGAUGCGUAUCAUUACAAACUUCUGCAUUGUCGUCUCAGCUGUUGGAUACCUCAGCGAUUCUGAUGAUCGUCGCACCCCAAGUCUUGAAUCUUCCGUCGACAGUCUUACACAAUCGUUCGUGAGCUUCCUAUCUAGACGCGACAUUGAGCAAUACAAAGUAGACGCAGUCCUAGAAGUCUGCACACGCAGCCUUCCCGACAUUCGCCAAGUGAAGACGUUGUCACGGGUAUCAUUCAAAGAAGCAGGAACCUUCCUGCUCGCUGUCUAUCUAUCUAAAACUCUCGGAGAUCGAACAGAAAUGAAAGAAUCCUUCUAUGCUGAAGAAGAUGAUUUCAUGGAUAUUGACGAGACUCCAAAUUCCCAACCGGGUGGGGGCGUGUUCAACCCCGAUACUGAGGUCCCUCGACAUGAUGUUCAGGCCGAAACUGAUGCCGCGGCUCUCCGCUCAUCUUGCUCGGCCUACAUUCAUCUGAUCGCAUCUUUGGACGAUAAUCUAGACGACCAGUUGGACGUGGUCCCUACCGGGUUCGUUGAACAUCUAGUGUCGGUUUCAGAGGCUGAACUACUUCGCUCGCGGCAAUUUGUACGAGCCCUGUUUUCAACAUGCUUCCAGUUUCAAAGGACAUCGUGUUUGAGGCUUCUCGAACGACUUAGUGAUGGCCUUAUUGAUCCCUGUGCACGAGAAUUUAACACUUCCGAAGUAGCAAACGGCAUGGUGGUGGAGGUAUUGGUUGGAACUAUCCUUGUUUGGAGCCCGAAGCCUAAUGACCGAGAAGCCCAAGACUUAUACGAGAACGCAGAAGCGAUGUACGCGUAUUAUAUCAAGGGAAUGGAAAAAGGUGGAGUAAGGAGGUCACCAAACCUUCAAAAGGCUAUCGCAAACUUCCUCCAUGGCUUGCUCAAGCACCAACCCGACUUCAGCCAGAACCGCAAAUCUCCAUCUGUUCGAACGAGCCUCUUUGGCCUUCUUUCGCAUGGAGAGAUUACAGUGAAAUACCACAUUGCGGAGCGACUGGCAAAUAUUUUUGAAGAUUUCAUUUUGUCUGAACACGACAAAAUCCUACAAGAUGUUGACGACAAUCUGCCUGGUGACGAUGAUUGGAUUGAAGGGAUUGCCAUUCGAUUGCUAGUACUAGCCAGGCUAGCAUCUCGAUGGCACACCCUUUUGCGACAAACUGUGUAUCGCAUCUUCGCAACAGCGGGCUCAGUUGAGCGCGCAGCAAGCCAUGCACAGCGGUGUAUUUUCGAAGUAGCAAGAGCAAGAGAUUUAGCAGAUCCACAGGCACUCUUCAAGCUUUUCGCUCCUCAGAUCAUCUUCACAUGGUUAGAUCGGAAGCGGAAAUUCUCAGAAAUACCGUUUCAAACUUUUAACUACCGCAAACUGGACGACCUUCUCCGUGACGUCGAGUCCGAGGCUGUAGGGCAAGCCAUUAUGCUUGGACUGAAAGAAGAGGUGGGCUACUUAGCCCAACAACUUGGCACUAUAAGCUCCGAUAUAUUGAUGAGAAAUAUUGGUAAAGCAGCUGCAUAUACCCUUUCUUGGGACACAUGCAAAGGUUUUGCUCGCAACAAGUCUGACGCGAGCAACGCUAUGCUUCUGCGCGAUUUGGUUGGACCAGAGCAAUAUUCUUCGCUAAUACAGGACCACUUCCCCAGAGUCCUGGGACACAUCUUGCAAACGGUUGAUCACGAAGAGCGCUUCAGUAAAACUCUAGAGAAACGGCCUGCGUUCACAGCCACUGCGAAAGCGCUCACCCACAUGACCACUAUCAGCCACUCCAGUCAGGAACUUGAUCUAAAAAUCGAGCCGUCAUUUUCUGCUUUCUAUCUGAUUGACCAACUUGAACGUCUGUGCCGUCGCACUGGUGGUGACCCGGUACGCUUUUGGACGCCGAGCAAUUUCACUUUUGUAAUGCGGAUGCUCCUGGACCGUAUUCAUCCAGCUCUUGGUUCGAUUCACGCUCGGUCCAUCAUCCGUAAGGUCCGUAUCCUCAUCGCCCUUGCAGGAGAGGUCGCCUAUGAAGGGUAUCCUUUGCACAUGACUCUUCAAUCUCUACGACCAUUUCUCACAGACAUACAAUGCGCAGAGGAUACGCUAGGAAUCGUGCAGUAUCUCUUCGAACACGGGGCUCGCUAUCUAAGUUCUCAGCUCAACUUCGUAACCGGGAUUGGCUUGUCUAUCCUCAUCUCUAUUCGAGAAUUCCUUGGAUCCUCCCAGGAGAGCACUACCCAGCAGUCUCAACACACCGCAACGAUGAACAAAGCGCAAAUGUUUCAUGCAUGGUUCACAACAUACCUCGAGUCACUCGCCAAUACACUCGCCUCUGGUGGCUCAAAUUCUGCCGUCAAGGCAUUCAAGUCAAUUAUUACAGCGGCUUCUCGUGUCCGUACUGAGGGUAAUUCAAUAAAAGGUAGUGACGAGAGUAGGCUACUGCUGGAAAUACUAGAUGACGUUCGGUCUGAUCGAAGACUUCUCAAUAAGACCUCACGAGAGGUUGCCCUUGGGCUCCUUUGCCAGAACUUUCAGCCAGCACUGACCGCCCGAGAAGACGUCCUCGGAUCAGAUGCGGACGUAGUUGACUAUGCACCCCAGGUAUGGGAAUCAUGUCAACGUAGUAAUAUCGGUGAUGGCUAUCUAUUAUGGGCAGCUAGAGUCUUAGGCCGGACCUUCAGUGCUUGCGGAGAGGUGAAGCGAAGUGCAAGACUGUCCCGCCCCUGGUCUGGCCAGUCUCAUUCCCCGAGAGCAUCUCUAGGUAAGAGUUCGCGUGCGGCAAUCGUCAAGAAUAUUAUCGACUUAUUCUAUAGCGAUGAUCGUAAGGAGGUGAGCCUGGCAGAAGAUGGAGUACGGUUGCUCAUAUCCCGCCUCUCCUCGGAUGACACCUAUGUUGGAGAAUUGCAAAAGACAGUACCGGUACCCAUUGGCACCGCCCUCAAUCUACCUAUGCCAGAGGAACCCGAGCCCAGGUCAGUCGUACAUACUGAGACGCUUGAGCAGAGUGCAUAUCCUUCUCAACCCAAAUCCGUAUCUACAUGGAUUCAAGAUCUCGCCAUUUCACUGUGCCAAGUAGCUGCGCAAGAUCCAAUUCUAGGCUCAUUGUCCCGAAUCCUUCAAGGCAUUGAAGGUAUGGCAGAACUGCUAUUCCCUUAUAUUCUCCAUCUCGUCUUACUACAAGACUUCGAUGGAGAAAGGGUUGUUCGGGGUACUAUGUCUGAAGCAACCAUGUCAUGGUUUAGUAACUGCGAUUCGACUACCGUUUCAUACGUGCGAAUCCUGAUUGAGGCCAUUCUCUACCUCCGCAGCCAGCCUACCCCGAAAGAGGUAACCCGAGUCGACCGUGAUCGAUGGGUGGAAGUGGAUUACCUAAAAGCGUCCCAAGCUGCAACAUUCUGUGGUAUGUACAGAAGUGCGCUACUAUUCGCAGAGACCUCAUCAGGUCAGCCAAUCGUCAAGAGCACUUCAAGACGAUCAUCAAUACUAGUAGGGCCGCCCAAACUUCCAGUUGAGCUGCAGCUUUCUAUUUACAAAAAUCUGGACGAACCGGACUCAUUCUAUGGAGUAGAUAGGGGUUCUAGCCUGUCUUCGGUGCUGGAUCGCUUGGACUACGAGGGAGAUGGGGUGAAGAGCCUUUUGUUUCGCGGAGCUCGCCUAGACAGCCAGAUUCGGCGAUCUAAUGCGAUCGAAUCGGUUGAUUCUCGAGGAAUGGUUAAGUCACUUAUAUCACUUAACAUGAACAGCAUUACCCACUCAUUACUUUCCAACGACCAAUUCAAGGAUAUUGGGGACGAUGUUGUUGAUAGCACUCUCCACACUGCACGGAAACUUGGUCAAUGGGAUAUCAAAGCUCCAGAAGGGAACCAUACCGAGUCGAGUACACUCUUUAAGGCAUUCCAGAGCUUGCACUACGCCUCCGACGCUUUGAGCGCCAGGAAGUCGCUUAACCGACAAUUCUUAGCCACCAUGAGUUACUUCUCCGGUCGCGACAGUUCCUCUACGUCGAUGAAAACUCCUCUGCGAACGCUUGCCGUGUUGACAGAAGCAGACGACAUUGUCACUUGCACAAACCCGGAACAUCUCCUCGAUAUUUGGGAUCAAAUGAAAGGUCGGGAGAAAUGGAUGCGAGCAGGAGAAUUCGAUGACGUUCGACUACUUUUGUCUUGCCGAGAAACGCUAUUCAGCGUACUGAGUACCAACCCCUCGUUGCUAGAUUCACUAUGUGCACGCACUGGAACAGUUCGUCACAUGGAAGUGGAAGCGCUUGUCUCGUCAUCAGCUAUCUGCAGAAAACAGGGGGCUCUUCAGGAAUCUCUGGCGAGUGUUACUUAUUUGUCAGAUAUCGUGCAGCAAUGCAAGUCGGUAGGCCUUGACAUUGAAGUGGCCGCGCAACACGAGGUCGCCAGUGUUCUUUGGGAGCAAGGCGAGGCCGAAACAUCCAUUCGAAUGCGCCAGCAUCUUAUCGAUAAUGCCAAUUUUGAUUCUCAAGCCACUAACAUCAGUCUACCAGUGUUGUUAGCGAAAUUGGGUCAUCAUCUGGCUGAAGCUCGUUUGGCCAAACCUGAUACCAUUAUCAAGGAGUACCUCGAACCGGCGAUUCAUGAGCUGAAAGGACAAACACAAGGCACAUACCCAGGGCAAGUCUUUCACGAAUAUGCCCUCUUCUGCGAUAAGCAAUUACAAAGCCCAGAGGCCGCUGAAGACAUUGCGCGUAUCAAGACGGUAAUGGACCGCAAGCACCAGGAAUGGCAAGACUUUUUAAAGCUGAGCCAAACGGACAAGAGCAAGAGUAUGAGGGAAACUUACCGACGAAACGCGCAGCGAGCCCAAAAUUGGUAUAAUCUCGACCAUGGUGAGUAUGAGAGGUUGCGCAAAAGCCGUGAACAAUUCUUACGUCAAUGCUUGGAGAAUUACCUCCUCUCACUCCAAGCGAGCGACGAGUACAACAACGACGCUCUCCGUGUCUUCUCCCUAUGGCUUGAGUAUUCAGAUAUGCCUUUAGCGAAUGAGGCUGUUCGAGCUUAUCUCUCAAGAGUACCCAGCGGUAAAUUCGCCCUCCUGAUGAACCAACUAUCAUCCCGACUACAGGCAGAAGCGACCGACUUCCAGAAGCUCUUGUUUGAGCUAGUGUUCCGAAUUUGUGCUGAGCACCCGUAUCAUGGUAUGCACCAGAUCUUUGCUAUUCAAAUGAAGGUCGGUUCAAUUACAAGAGAGGAUGUCGUCCGCUCAAAAGAUGAGUCGGCGAAGUCUCGACAGCGGGCUGCGGCUCAGAUCGCCCAGAUGUUAGGUAGCGACAGGAAGGCAGGGAAGUACUGGAAUGUGAUAUAUCAAUCAAAUGGACUCUAUCACAACCUUGCCAUGUUCAAGAACGAACAGGAUAACCGGAUGGGCAGAGACAUCGCGCUGGAGAAGUAUGGAGAGUCGAAGGCAAUGCUUCAGAAGAUUCCGCCGAUGGGGGUCCCUCCCGCCACACUAGCAAUUGAGGUUCGUGCCAGUUGCGACUACAGCGACUUGCCCAAGAUCGUUGGGUUCAAACCAAGGAUGACAAUUGCCAACGGCCUCAGCGCACCGAAGAUCAUCACGGCACUCGCUUCUGAUGGCAGGCCGUACAAACAACUUUUUAAAUCCGGCAACGAUGACCUCCGGCAAGACGCCAUCAUGGAGCAAGUCUUCGAUCAGGUGUCUCGUCUUCUGAAGAACCAUACAGCGACACGCAUCCGCAACCUCGGAAUCCGCACCUAUAAAGUCCUCCCCCUCUCCACUCGAUCCGGGCUGAUGGAAUUCGUACCAAACACCAUGCCACUCCACUCGUACGUCAUGCCUGCGCACGAAAAAUACUAUCCGAGUGACUGGAGAUCAGAACAAUGCCGCAAGGAAAUCGGGAAAUGCCAAAACGACUCACUGAAUACACGGGUCAAAAUAUGGCAGAGAGCAGCAGACAACUUCCAUCCUGUCCUACGCUACUUCCUGCUCGAGCGGUUCGAGGACCCCGACGAAUGGUUUGAACGACGUCUAGCAUACACACGAUCCACAGCCGCAAUCUCCAUCCUCGGCCACGUUCUCGGCCUCGGAGAUCGCCAUUGCCACAACAUCCUCCUCGAUGAGAAAUCAGGAGAAGUCGUUCACAUCGACCUCGGGGUUAGUUUCGAAGCCGGACGCGUUCUACCUGUUCCUGAAGUGGUGCCUUUUAGGCUCACCCGCGACCUAGUCGAUGCAAUGGGGUAUACGAAAACAGAAGGUGUGUUUAGGAGGUGCUGUGAAUUCACCAUGGACACACUUCGGGAAGAACGCGAGUCGAUUAUGACGCUGUUAAAUGUCCUGCGCUACGACCCCCUAGUUAACUGGAGCGUAACACCUACGAAAGCAAAGAGGAUGCAAGAAGGGCCCCAAGAAACGAACGCAGCAAAUGGCGCCGGUCCGAGUAGAGCGGGAAGCGUUAUGCCUGGUAGCACCCCUGGCCCGGCAAUGGCGAUUGGAAUAUCGGGUGUGAUCGACGAUGGUGGGGAACAGAGUAACAAGAAACGAGAAGAGCAGGCGGGCGAGGCGGGACGGGCUUUGAGUGUGGUGGAGAAGAAGUUGAGUAAGACAUUAAGUACAAGGGCGACAGUUAAUGAGCUUAUUCAGAUGGCGACGGAUGAGCGGAAUUUGGCGGUGCUGUAUUCCGGGUGGGCUAGCUAUGCUUAGGAGGUUCGGUUUCGACGUAUUUGUGAGAGGUUGAGACGACGUGAAAAGGCAUGUAUAGAGAGAGCUAGAUGUAUGUGUAUAAUCUUGAGGUAUGAGUUCGAAACGUAAACUAGGUAGUUUAUAGUAGCCACGUAGCGCUUCGCAG